UGGAAGUAUGUGUGCACAACUUUCUCUGGUAAUACUGAAACAUUACAAAUGGGGAUGCUCUCUGCCAGAAACAGCUAGGUACUAGAAAAUGGAAGAUGUAGGAGGCUGUACCUGUGGGCUUGAAAACUGUUCUCUUGAAAUGUAAGUCAGUGCAACUUUUAGCCUUAGCAAUAGCAAAGCCUCCAAGAACAGUUUAAAUCAUCCCCAUCCUCCCAAAUCAAGUUUAUCUAGGGUAUAUUUAAAGUUUUAUCAUACCUUUUAGGCUUCCUUGUUCUGGAUUCGUCUUCAUUUUUUACUAUCUUGAGCUCUUUUUAAAUUAAUGUUUGUAAAUAAUGUUUUCAUAACUCAUCAACUAAGAUUUACAUAGUUGAUAUAUUCUAGUCUUUUGUGAGGGAAUUAUGUACCUCCAUGAAUUUCUGCAGCUAAACAUCUCUUUUCCAUCUUGUGUUGCCAUUUCAAACAAAGAUCAAAUAGCUGUUUGUCUUUUUUUUUUCGGAGGGGGGUAUCUGAACCUUGCUAUAUAAUUCAGGCUAGCCUUGAAUUUGAGGGCCCUCCUGUCUCAGCCUCCUGAGUGCUGGGAUUACAAGCAUACACCCCCAUACCCAGAUGAUUUUUCAUAUAAAUUUGAUUUGCUAAAAGUAAUAACCACAGGCAGGGGCUUUAGGUAUAGCUAUCUCCUUUUAUACCAGCCUCAAAACAGGGAUGUCUUUUCUUUAAGCUUGCAUGCUUUCUUUUAAUGUCCACUGCUAUGUGUGCUUGAUGUGCCAUGCUACGUGUGUGCUUUGUAAAGGGCCAUCUGUGAAGGUCAGGGCUCUUAUGUGCAAGGCACGUGUUCUACCGUUGACCUACAUCCCUCUCGUGUUUAUCACUAGCUACAUCCCCAGCCCUUUAUAUUUUGUUUUUAAUUUUUAGGCAGAGUCUAGCUGAAUUACCCAGGCUGGCUUCAUUCUUGUGAUCCUCUUGCUUCAGCCUCCUGAGUAACUGAGAUUACUGUGCUACAGUGUCAGGCUUUGAACCCUAAGGAUUCUGCAAUAUGAAUAAUUCUUUGGAGAACACCAUUUCCUUUGAAGAAUACAUCCGAGUGAAGGCACGGUCUGUCCCACAACACAGAAUGAAGGAGUUUCUGGACUCACUGGCCUCUAAGGGUCCAGAAGCCCUUCAGGAAUUCCAGCAGACAGCCACCACGACCAUGGUGUACCAACAGGGUGGGAACUGCAUUUACACAGACAGCACUGAAGUGGCUGGGUCUUUGCUUGAACUUGCUUGUCCAGUCACCACCAGUGUUCAGCCACAGACCCAGCAAGAGCAACAGAUCCAGGUUCAGCAACCACAGCAGGUUCAGGUACAGGUGCAGGUACAGCAGUCUCCGCAGCAGGUCUCGGCUCAGCAGCUCUCCCCACAGCUCACCGUUCAUCAGCCGGCUGAGCAGCCCAUCCAGGUCCAGGUGCAGAUCCAGGGCCAGACACCACAGUCAGCAGCCUCUUCCAUCCAGACCCCAUCUCUGCAGAGCCCCAACCCCUCGCAGCUGCAAGCGGCCCAAAUCCAGGUGCAGCAUGUGCAGGCGGCCCAGCAGAUUCAGGCAGCGGAAAUUCCGGAGGAGCACAUACCACAUCAGCAAAUCCAGGCUCAGCUGGUUGCUGGACAGUCUCUUGCUGGGGGUCAGCAGAUCCAAAUCCAAACUGUGGGUGCCCUUUCCCCACCACCAUCCCAGCAGGGCUCACCCCGGGAAGGGGAACGCCGGGUUGGCACAGCCAGUGUCCUCCAGCCAGUGAAGAAGCGCAAAGUGGACAUGCCCAUCACUGUGUCCUACGCCAUCUCAGGGCAGCCGGUGGCCACCGUGUUGGCCAUUCCACAGGGCCAGCAACAGAGUUACGUGUCUUUGAGGCCAGACUUGCUGACAGUAGACAGUGCCCACCUGUACAGUGCCACUGGGACCAUUACUAGCCCUACAGGAGAAACUUGGACCAUCCCUGUUUAUUCUGCCCAGCCCCGGGGGGACCCUCAACAGCAGAGCAUUACCCACAUUGCCAUUCCCCAGGAAGCCUACAAUGCAGUUCACGUCAGUGGCUCACCCACGGCCCUGGCAGCUGUAAAGCUGGAGGAUGACAAGGAGAAGAUGGUGGGCACCACGUCUGUAGUGAAAAACUCCCAUGAAGAAGUAGUGCAGACCCUUGCAAACUCUCUCUUUCCAGCACAGUUUAUGAAUGGCAACAUCCACAUUCCAGUAGCUGUGCAGGCUGUGGCAGGCACGUACCAGAAUACAGCUCAGACUGUCCAUAUAUGGGACCCCCAGCAGCAGCCACAACAGCAGACCCCCCAAGAACAGACACCACCGCCACCACAGCAGCAGCAGCAGCAGCUCCAGGUUACUUGUUCAGCUCAGACUGUCCAAGUUGCUGAAGUUGAACCACAGUCACAGCCACAGCCUUCUCCAGAACUUCUGCUUCCAAAUUCUUUGAAACCAGAAGAAGGGCUUGAAGUAUGGAAAAACUGGGCCCAGACCAAGAAUGCUGAACUGGAGAAGGAUGCUCAGAACAGAUUGGCGCCCAUUGGGAGGCGCCAACUGCUGCGAUUCCAAGAAGAUCUUAUCUCCUCUGCUGUGGCUGAGUUGAAUUAUGGGCUGUGUCUAAUGACACGGGAAGCUCGAAAUGGAGAAGGUGAACCCUAUGACCCUGAUGUGCUCUACUAUAUUUUCCUGUGUAUUCAAAAGUAUCUUUUUGAAAAUGGAAGGGUAGAUGACAUUUUCUCUGAUCUUUACUAUGUUCGAUUCACGGAGUGGCUACAUGAAGUUUUGAAGGAUGUUCAACCCCGGGUCACUCCACUUGGCUAUGUCCUGCCCAGCCAUGUGACUGAGGAGAUGCUAUGGGAGUGCAAGCAGCUUGGGGCACACUCCCCCUCGACCCUACUGACCACCCUCAUGUUCUUUAAUACCAAGUAUUUCCUGUUGAAGACAGUGGACCAGCACAUGAAACUGGCCUUCUCUAAGGUCUUGCGACAAACAAAGAAGAACCCCUCUAAUCCCAAGGAUAAAAGCACGAGUAUCCGGUACCUGAAGGCCCUUGGAAUACAUCAGACUGGCCAGAAAGUUACAGAUGACAUGUAUGCAGAGCAAACAGAAAAUCCAGAGAAUCCAUUGAGGUGUCCCAUCAAGCUCUACGAUUUCUACCUCUUCAAAUGUCCCCAGAGUGUGAAAGGCCGGAAUGACACCUUUUACCUGACACCUGAGCCAGUAGUGGCCCCCAACAGCCCAAUCUGGUACUCAGUCCAGCCUAUCAGCCGAGAGCAGAUGGGACAAAUGCUGACCCGGAUCUUGGUGAUACGAGAAAUUCAGGAGACCAUUGCAGUGGCCAGCGCAAGCACCAUGCACUGAGAUGCCGCAGCCAUGGUACAAGAGAAACCAGCCAGGAAGAACCAGACAAGUUUCACACUAAAAAAGAGGCCUCUUUUUUUUUUUUUUUUUUUUUUUCUUUCUUCUUCUUCUUUUUUUUUUUUUUUUAAUAUUGGUGUAGUUAUGAAGCCUUUCAGGCUACUUCUGUUUCAAAUGUAAAAGAAAUGUUUGCCCCCUUUGCAUUUCAUAGAACUUACAGCAAACUCCUUGGCCCAUGGUGGGCUUGAGGUUUUGUGAAAGCCAGAUACCUAGAAAGUUACUGUUUUUUUUAUCCCGGGCCUGAGGAACCGGCUUGGACUGAUACACGAAAUGUGGACCCUUCCCUUCCUCAAGAUGGAACUAAUGAUGGACCGACCUCCAGGGAGUCUCCCUAGCUGGCUUCCACUCUGGACUGGUACACAUCACUGACCACAGAGGAACCAUGUUUUUCUUCAAUUUCAGACAUAAACCUAUUGUCUAAUGGAAGAAAAGUGAGGGGAAAUUCAAUUAUGAUUUAUUAAAGACAAUUUCUCUUACACCCUCCUUUAUGACAAGUGACAUUUUAGAUGUUAAAGUAAAAACUUUACCAUACAUUUUUUUUUUUUUUUUUUUUUUUUUUGGCCUAAUAUUGAGGCCUUAAACCUUAGGCUCCAGUGCCUGAUGGAAUUCUUGUAACAUACACUUGUGUAUCAUAUAAAGAUACCACUCUGUUUCUCUUAUGUAUUCCUACUCUAGUUGUUUAUUAAGAAUGACAAGCACGUCUUUUCAACA